AUGGAGAGCCGAAGGGCGACCACUCUCUUUGUGUGUGUUUUAUGUCAUGCGAAGCCUCUCUUUUGUGUUGAAGUUACUCCUCCUGCAAGUGGCAAUAUCAACAACAUGUGUGGUGGCGCUAUCAUUUCCGACUUCAUCUCCGCCAAGCGCGGCCGGGCGCUGACGGCGGAGGACCUCUGGACCGAGUUCGACACCAUCUCUGACCUCUUUGGCUUAGACCACUCCUCCUCCUCCAACAACAACAACAACAAGAAAGACCAGUUUGAGCAUCAGCAGAACAACAAGAGGGUGGCUCAGAAGCCCAAAAUACCUCUCUCUAAAGGAGCAGGGACAAGCGAGAAGCCCAAGAAGACGAGCCCAGGUGCAGGUGCACAGAAGGACGAGGAUGUGGGCAAGGCUAGUGAUAAGAAUAAGAGAGUGAGGAAAAACGUGUACAGAGGAAUAAGACAGAGGCCGUGGGGCAAAUGGGCAGCUGAGAUUCGUGAUCCGCACAAAGGCGUCCGGGUGUGGCUAGGCACUUACAACACAGCUGAGGAAGCCGCCAGAGCCUACGACGACGCCGCCAGGCGCAUCCGAGGAGGCAAAGCCAAGCUCAACUUUCCUGAAUUACCGCCUUCUUCAGUUCCAGCUCCUGCAACACCGCCUUUGAAGAAGCGGUGCGUUGUUGGUCCAGCCGAGUCGACUCAGUCGAGUUUGGAGAGCAAUGGAAAUUAUUGUAACUAUGAUCCGUUUGAGGGUGGCGAGAUUUAUGGAAAGAAGGAGGUGGGUAGAGAGCAUGAGCUGAAGGAGCAGAUAUCGAGCUUGGAAUCGUUCCUGGGUCUGGAUGAGGAGGGGCCGAGUGAGGUGAAUGGAAGGGGUGGUGGUGAGUCGAACAACUCGUUGGACCUGUGGAUGCUAGGUGACCUGGUGACACAUCAUCAUCAGCAGCAGCAGCAGAAGCAGGAGCAGGGUCAGCAGCUGUAUUAG